AUGGAGAACUACAUUCGCUUUACACUAAUAACUCUGUGAUCUUGACUGACACCACAACUUUUCUCUCUCUCUCUCUCUCUCUCUCUCUCUCGGAGAGGUGACUCGUCUGUUUCCGCGCUUUUUCGUCCUCCGUUUCCGCCUCCAUUUUGUCCCGUUGUGCGCAGUUGGUAGAGCGGAAGAAUUACGGCUCUGUGGCCCGGGCUGAGGAGAGACAUUUACAGUAAUGGACGGCAUUAGUGACGUUGCGGUUGGUGUAAAGAGAGGAUCAGAUGAGCUGUUGUCCAGCAGCAUGUACAACAGUCCCAACUCGGGGAUGAGCAGUAUCAGUGAUGGUACAUCCAAUGGAAGUGACAGCAAAAAGCUAAGAGUUGAAGACAGGGUAGGGGAUGCUCCCCCUUCGCGUGUUCUCCACAUCAGGAAACUACCCAAUGAAGUCUCAGAGGCAGAUGUCAUUGCUUUAGGAUUGCCUUUUGGAAAGGUCACUAAUAUCCUUACUCUUAAAGGCAAGAACCAGGCUUUCCUGGAACUAAGUACAGAGGAGGCAGCCAUUACUAUGGUGAACUACUACUCAGCUGUUACACCACAUGUCCGAAAUGUCCCUGUCUUCAUACAGUAUUCAAAUCACAAAGAACUUAAGACAGACAAUGCAAACCAGUCAGGUGGAACCCCAACAUCAGGCUCCAGUGAUGGUACACUCACGUCACCUUCUAGUCCAGUGCUGAGGAUUAUCAUUGACAACAUGUUCUACCCUGUCACAUUGGAUGUGUUGCAGCAGAUCUUCUCAAAGUUUGGCACAGUCAUGAAAAUCAUCACGUUCACAAAGAACAAUCAGUUUCAGGCUUUGCUACAGUACAGUGAUGCAGCGAGUGCUCAACAAGCCAAAGUGGCGCUGGAUGGUCAGAACAUUUACAAUGCUUGCUGUACACUCCGUAUAGACUACUCCAAACUUGUUAACCUGAAUGUGAAGUACAACAAUGAUAAGAGCAGAGACUACACCAGACCAGAGCUGCCUUCAGGUGAUGGGCAGCCUGCUGUGGAUCCCUCUGUGGCAGCAGCCUUUAGCAAGGACUCAAACUCCCUGCUCGGUAAGAUCCCAGGUGCACUGAGCCCUUUAAGCGCGGCAGCAGCAGCGGCAGCAGCGGCAGGGAGAGUGGCUUUGUCUGGACAUUCAGGCAGCAGUGGAGUACUCUUAGUCAGCAAUCUUAAUGAAGAGAUGGUUACGCCCCAAAGUCUGUUUACCCUCUUCGGGGUGUAUGGUGACGUGCAGCGUGUGAAGAUCCUCUAUAACAAAAAAGACAGUGCAUUGAUACAGAUGGCAGAUUCAAAUCAAGCCCAACUUGCGAUGAGUCAUCUCAAUGGACAGAAGAUGUAUUCAAAGAUCAUCCGCGUUACCAUGUCCAAGCAUCAGACAGUUCAGUUACCCAGGGAUGGUUUGGAUGAUCAGGGCCUCACCAAGGAUUUCACUAAUUCUCCUCUACAUCGUUUCAAAAAGCCCGGAUCUAAGAACUUUCAGAAUAUUUUCCCUCCUUCUGCCACCCUCCAUCUGUCAAACAUACCACAAGACAUAACUGAAGAUGACCUCAGAGUACUGUUCACUAACUCCGGAGGCACUGUGAAAGCUUUCAAGUUUUUCCAAGAUCGCAAAAUGGCUCUACUCCAGAUGUCUACAAUUGAAGAGGCCAUUCAGUGCUUGAUCGACCUUCAUAAUUACAACAUGGGUAAUAACCACCAUUUGAGAGUCUCCUUCUCCAAAUCAAUAAUUUAAAGAAUCCAAGGCAUCCUGCUUUGUCUUACGUUUUCUGGCGUUACCUGUUGAUUGUUCUGGUACACUGGGGACCACAGUUUGACACCUUUUUUUCCCUUUUUUUCUUUUACCGGUCAUUCCUUAUGAAAAUAUGGGUGAACAUUUAAAUAUCUCCAAUGAGAGAUGAAUUGUCUUGAAUUGUCCCAUUUCCCAGUGUCCCCACUGUAUGCUAGUGAGUCAUAAACCUUCCCCCCAGUAAGUUUCUAUAGGAGGUUGAUGCCUCUGUUUUUAUUACAGUUAGAUGACAAAGAAUGUGCCUUACUCAGUGAACUAGCAUAAACUUUCACAUACCUGCAUUUUCAUAAACCCAACUUAGCCACACGAGGACAUGAGCUUCUUUGUUGUAGAGGUGUAAAGUUUUGUAAACAGUAAUUUUGCUUUCUUUUCCCAUGUGUGAAUUGUACAGUGUGUGAUCCAUGUUUGCUUGCUUUUUGUGCUCAUUUGUCUUGUUUUGCAUAUUUGGUCAGUUAGAAUUACAGAUCGUGGUGAAAUAUCCAGUGGAAUGUAUAUAACGGAGACCUUUUACAGUGAUUCUUUAGAGAGCUCAAUGUACACCACAAGCUUUAAUACUAGUGUGCAACCAUCAAGUUUCUUUUUUGUUUUGUUUUUUUAAGCUUCUUUUUUAUGUACUGAAUACAUCGAUGGUUAAGAGUACAGUACAUGUUGAACUAGGGGUUUUUUUUUGCGCAGUUUGAUUUUUGCAUAGUAGGCAUUUACACUUGCCCUUUUUAUUAGCAUUUAUUGCAAGGUUUCUCCUUUUGGAUUUACACAGAAAACUGCAUGUGCUAACAGGUCUAGUUAGUUCUGAGAAUCUUUGUUCAGAGAACAGCUGUUGCAUGCAUUAGUACAAGCUAACAAAUGUGAGCCUUAAGUUUUGACAUGAACAGUACAUAGAAGAAGGAUAACCUGGUGGGACCAAAGUUUGUGCCUUUUAGUCUUAAUUUCCUGAGUGCGCAAUUUUUUAUUUUUUUUUUUUUUUUUAAAGCCGAUCCAUCAUUUUAUACUUCUUGAAAGUUGAGCUCAUAAACAAGCUGAUGUUUAUCCAGUAUGCAAAAUGUAACGGUUACAAAACAUCGUACCCCACCUCUUUUCUUCCAGAAAUCUUAUGGGUUUGUUUCCCACAUGGAUGAACUGUACAUUUUGAUGGUGGUUAAUAAGUUCUGUAUUUAGGUUUUUUUUUGGGAGGGGGGUGGUGGGUGGGGGGCUGUUUGUUUGUUUUUUUUUUUUACUUCUAGACAAAUGUAAGUUUCAAUAUAGUUUGAACGUGGCACAAUUAAAAGAUCAUUUUUCUAACAAAGCGGAAAGGAUUGACUUUGUUGUGUGUUUGGCUUUUUUUUCUUCCUCUAUCUGUCUUUCUAUCCUGUAUUCUGCUUUUACCUCUGUAGCAUGCUCAAUAAAUACUUCUGUAGCCCUGUGUUCA